AAUGUUACAGAGCUGGAGACUGAGGAGACUGCGUAUCGCUAUCUUUUCCAGUUCCCACAUACACAGCCAUUGCAGUACAUUGAAAUACAGUGACAGCGCUGGGAAUAUUAUAAAAACACCUGUCUUGCAUUCAAAAUGGGCAAAGAUCCUAAGAAGCCAAGAGGCAAAAUGUCCUCAUAUGCUUACUUUGUGCAGACCUGUAGAGCUGAGCACAAAAAGAAGCACCCUGAGGCAUCGGUGAACUUUUCUGAGUUCUCCAAGAAAUGCUCAGAGCGGUGGAAGUCCAUGUCCAGUAAGGAGAAGGGAAAGUUUGAAGAUCUAGCUAAGUUAGACAAGGUCCGUUAUGAAAGGGAGAUGAAGACCUACAUACCACCAAAAGGCGAAAAGAUGAAGCGGACAAAGGACCCCAAUGCUCCAAAAAGGCCCCCAUCUGCUUUUUUCGUCUUCUGUGCUGAGCAUCGGUCUAAAAUCAAAGCUGAAACUCCUGGCUUGUCCAUUGGGGACGUUGCCAAAAAAUUGGGAGGGAUGUGGAACAACACUAGUUCUGAGGAUAAACAGCCUUACGAAAAGAAGGCAGCAAAACUGAAGGAGAAAUAUGAAAAGGAUGUUGCAGCAUACCGUGCUACAGGCAAGUCUGAAGGUGCUAAAAAAGUACCAGUAAAGGCGGAGAAAAGCAAGAAGGAGGAGGAAGAGGAUGAUGAUGAAGACGAUGAUGAAGACGACGAGGAUGAGGAAGAUGAUGACGAUGAUGAAUAGAUUGGCUUCUCUGAGCAUAAUUUCUUGUUUUUAAAGCAUUUAACCCCCCCCCCCCCUGUACACAUGUUACUCCUUUAAAAAGUUAAAGAAAAAGAAAAAAAUAAUAAUUGUAAGGCUUUGUUUUAUGAGGUUUCAUUUUAAACUGUACAGUGUUUAUGUAUAGUUUAGUGGUAGUUCAUAGGCCACUAACAUUGCCUGGUACAGUUAAGGGGGUUGUAAAAUGGCAUUGAAAGUUGCAGGUUUUUAUCGUAGUGCACAGCACAGUUCUAAAUUUGUCAAGUUGUAUUUCUUUUCCAGUCUGUUUUUAUUUCUGUUUUAUUUUUCUCUUGCCGCAUCAUAAGAUACAAUUGUUCUUUUACUUUGAAUACCACUCUGUAGUAGCAUACAAGUUGAAGCUGUUUUUUGUUGAACUUUUAAGAGCUUCUGGAGUAAAUAAAUCUUUUUUUUAAUUAA